UAGUCUGUAUACCGCAGGAUCCCUGAUGUCUAACAAGCUUGAUGCUUUACCCCUGAGGGUUUCUAGCCAGUCAACAAGUGCUCAAAGUUCACCUAGUGUGUCUACAUCAAGCACUCAGACCAGGUAUGGUACUCUGUUAGCAACUUCUAGUCGUUAUGUCCCUGUACAGGGAGGUAGUAGCUCCAAUAGUUUUUCUCUCAAGCCUCCGGGUACUCUGGGUCGGUAUGCUCCUGGAUCCCCUACCAAAUAUGUAAGCGCUCGCAUGUCUUCACACCAAGCUAUUUAUAGCCAAACCACAAGUAGCGGGUCUUCCUAUAAAACAGUUUCACAAGUUGGUUCUCUGUCUCAAACGGGAGCUUCUGGUCAGUUUACAUCUCAGGGAGGGAACUAUUAUAGUGGGUUGCUUCCACAGUCUCCAGCUACCUCUAGUCAAUCUGCUCUUGGCUACUCCAAGCUUAUUUCCUCACCCCAAAGGACUUCCAGUCAGUCUGGCAGUGUAUUGAGUUCCCGUAAGCAAUAUGCCUCUGCCUCCCAAGGCAGCUCAGGGGCUCAGUUUGGGGCCUCUACAGGUUUUGCCACAGAAAGAGUGAAUAGCCGUUACAGUGGUUCUGUCCAGCCUCAAGAUACUGCUAGCCAAUUUGCCCCAGGGUCUCCAACGUCAUAUCCAGGUUUAUAAUUGCCUUCACCCCAAGGUGUUGCCAGUCAAUCUAGUUCACAGAAGCAGUUUACCUCUGCC